GCAGGUGGCUCAUUGAGUUGCGCUCGGAGAAUGUAGAGGGUCAGUUUGACAGCAUAACAGACAGAAAUCAAACAUGGCUCUCAAUAAAAAUCACGAUGAAUCUGGACGUGUCAUCAUCAACAACUUCGAGGGUGUCCUGAUGUCAUAUGAGAAUGUGGAGCUGGUGUUCAGUGACAGCGAACGCUUGCCGGACGCCUUCAGAAAGAGCAAGAAGGGAAGCAUCUACCUGACACCUUACAGGGUCAUCUUCCUGACUAAAGGAAAAGAUCCUCUGCAGUCUUUCAUGAUGCCCUUCUAUCUUAUGAAGGGCUGCGAGGUCAAGCAGCCUGUGCUCGGUGCAAAUUACAUCAAGGGCACAGUCGGCGCAGAGUCUGGAGGUGGUUGGGAAGGAUCUGCAACCUUCAAGCUGAUCUUUAGCGCUGGAGGAGCGAUCGAGUUUGGUCAGCGCAUGUUACAUGUGGCAGAGCAGGCAUCCAGAGGGCAACCGGUGACUGUAAACUUCGGCUGUCCUUACAUGGCGAACGGUGCGUACGCUUUUCCUCCACCUCCUCCUGCUAACGGCAUGUAUCCUGCCGGGCCUCCUCCACCUGGAUACGCCUACCCUGGACCUCCACCUCCAGGUGGGUUUUACCCCAGUCCUCCUGUGUUUGAUGGACCAGCAGCCUACAUGCCUCCUCCUCCAUACACUGCUCCAGUGGAUCAUGCUCCGCUCGACCCAGACCUGCCCAGAACCGCUGCUGCGGAGGCAAAAGCAGCUGAAGCAGCAGCCAGUUCCAGCGCUAACACCACUUACGCUCCAACACACGUUUACCUGCCGGAGGACAAGCCUCCGCCCUACUCCCCAUCUGAUGACAAGAAGAACCAGUAGACGCAUCGUCUGCUCAGGCUCUGCUCUCUGCUCAUGCCCUUCAUCUCAUCCUCUCAGCAUCCCCAGUUCUACAUCACCCACAGAAUUCCAUCCAGCAGGGGGCGCCACGCUGCAUUCACAUAACCUGGCUCACACAGACGGACGAGAGGGAGUACAAUAACAGCCAAUAAAAGAGAGAGACAGAGACUGACUGCUUUCCAGAUGCAAAGACGAACCCACAGUAAAGGACUGAGCUUUUCUCAAGUUGGAAAAAGGCAUAUUUGUUGAUUUACUGUAGAGGGAUUGAGUGAGAAUGAUAACAUUUUAUUUAUUUAUUUAUUUAAAGUGUUUAGGAUGAGCUCAAAACACUGGGGUGAUUACAUUAACAGCUCUUUUUGGGUUAAAGUUAGGAUUCAACUGCUGGUUUGUUGGAUUAUCUGUACAUUCCAUCUAAUGCUUUUCUUAAUUAACGCUUUUUUUGUUGGGUAUACUGUUUCAGAAUAUUCUGAUAUUCCCCCCCCCCCAUUUUUCCCCAGUUGCUGUUUGAAGGAAAACAAGCUGGUUAGAGUAAUUAGGCGUCAUCGUAUAACAGUAUUUGUUCUGUAGACAAUCUAUAAAAAAAUUGCUUAAGGGGCCUACAAAGCAUGUCAAAGAUGGCGGAGAACCAAAACAAAAUCUCCCAAAAGUUAGCCGAUUUGAACUCAUAAAGAACUUCGUUUUGGCCAAAUUUGAAUCGAAAUUAUGUAAUUUCAGUGCUUUAUUUAAUUUCAUUUGAGGUACACCGUGGCCUUCAACAAAACCAUCCAGCUACAAGGAGGAAACAAUGAAAUAUUUGAUUUGAAGUAAGGAAGCUUUUGAAUAUCUGAAGAAAAAAAAAAAUCAGAUCAGGGACUUGUUUAUGUCAAAAGCAGUGGGCGGAGCUAAACAGAGACUUAUGUCACAGAGAGUGGACGGAGCUAAACAGGGACUUGUUUGUCACAAGGAGUGGGCGGAGCCAAACAAGCACUUGUUUGUUACAGAAAGUGGGCGGGGCUAAACAGGGACUUGUUUGUCACAAGGAGUGGGCGGAGCAAACAAGCACUUGUUUGUCACAGAGAGUGGGCGGAGCUACAAAUGUAUUGUGGCAUGCUUUGCUUGCUGCAACUCUCUGAUUGGUGGAUUUUUGAAGUUGGAAAAUAGCGUAUUUAAUGACGUAUAGAUGGACUGUUUAUUUUUUUUUUUGCAAGUUGCACAAGAAUUUAGGAUGAGCCGGGCUUAAUUUGUGCUGGAACAUUCGUGAUCGGGCACUUCUGAAAUCUGAUCUGGCACCUCAUUGAACCGAUCCCCCUCCUCACAUGCACCCCCGCUCUUCACUUUCAUCCGUGACACCUCUGCUUUGGAAACACACCGGAUCUGCUACACUGAACUCUUCCGGGACCUCGCAAUUUACAAAUUAAGCACUGAGGAUGAGCCCAAAAACACUGGGCUAUUCUCAUUACAGCUCUUUUCCAGUGAAAGUUAACACUCGAUGGCUGGAAUAUUGGAUUUUCUGCUUGCCUGCUAAUCAAAACUCAACUAAUCUCCUAAAAUCUCAUGAAAAUGAAUGAUUUCUGGUCAUUUAUUCGCUGCAGAUUAAUGCUAAAGCACUUUAGCUGUACAUUCUAUCUAAUGCAUUUCUUAACUAGCUUUUUGUCUUAGUUUUAAUGCAUUAGUUUUGCCCACUUUAUCAACAUUGCAAAGUAUUCUCGAGAUGUUAUGAAAACUUACAUUCAAGUGCUGUAUUGCAUCAACAAAACCAACCAAGCAGCAUCAAAACAAUACAAACAUCGAUCUGAACCAAAGAAACCAUGGGAAUCUGACCAAAAACAUAAAACAAUUGGCAUACAUAGAGACCAAAUGAUGUCACAUGCUGUACUUUAUCUUAGUGGGCGGAGCUAAAAAUAUACUAUGGUGCACUUUGCUUGCUGCGACUCUCUGAUUGGUGGAUUUAAUGCACUGCAUUAUGGGAAAUGUAGUUUUUUUGCACCAAUUAAAGUUUUUGUAAAGUGAUUUUCACGAUAAGUAUCGUUCCCGAAAGCAGCUGUACAAAUAAAUGUGCAUUAUAACAUUAGUCAAAAUCAAGUACAGUACAUCCGUCAAGCAUACACAAUUAAUCUACAGACAUACAAUGAUAUACAAAAAUGUGUUAUCUAAUUUUGCUAGUGAACCUGAUUAGGAUGUUGGAUUCACAUAUGGGUUUAAGAAAAGCAAAUACAACCUCAGAGCUCAUCACAGGUCUGCUGCUGUCAUAGAAUCCAUUUCCCUGUGGUGAAAAUGACUGGAGUUAUCACUUCUGGAGUUCUGAUUCUUGAAUCUGAUUGGACGAGCUGUUGGUUUGUCAUUGGAAUCACUUUCAUUGCCUAUGAAAACAGAGUAAUCAGCAAUUCUGUGUCUGAAAUCACAAACACUACAUGAUGAAGCUCCUUCUCUUGUCUUGGCGUCUCUGUAGCAUGCAGCUAAAAAGUUUGACUAAAGAUGCACUUUAACCCAACACGCACCUUCAGUCUCCUGGACGGCGUUUGUUGACAUUCAUUUCCAAUAUUUAUUUAAGAAUUCAACUAAUCAGUUAUGCAUGGUCUGGACUGUAUUGUCUUAAAGUGUAUUUUAUUAAAGUAAACCUGUACAAGUAGAAUCUUG